AUGAACUUUCUCUCGAAAUUGAAUAGGAAGUUCCUACUUGUGCCAAAGAUUCUGUACAUUGCCAUUAGCAUGCAAUAUUACACACUGCACAAAUUCAGGCCUCUGUUUGCCAAGGAAAUGUUUGGGAUAGGGGAAAGUGAGCUAAGCGCGGUUGGCCUUCUUUUAUUUGUAACCUUUUUUACAAAUAUACUCAUUGCAACAUUGAAUGACAGGUUUGGAAGGCCAAGGCUUUUUAUGGUGUGUCUUCUAUCCCUAUCCUGCAUCUUCUUUCAGCUAUUCUAUAUAGAAAAGUACGUAAGAAACAUUCGCUUUAUGUUUUGGGUGAAUAUGCUUGCAUAUUUAGGAACCAACACACCGAUCAUGGCGUUGCUCGAUAAGAUUAUCCUUGACUACUUGGCCAAGUUCCCGGAUGUAGGUUCUAGAGCCUAUGGAAAGCAAAGAAUUUGGGGAACAGUGGGGUACUUGCUCAGUAUCUUUAGUCUUGAAGGAAUAAUGAAAACAGGGAGAGGGACAGAUGCAAUAGAUUUUACAAAUCUCAAGUACUACUCUCUCGCCACGACCAUCGCCUGUGUAUGCCUAGUAAUGAUUUUUUUGAAAGAUGAAGGUGAUGGAUGUAAAACUGCCGACCACAACAUCACGUCAGAAUGGAAGGAACUAGUAGGAAACAGGGAGUAUCUGUUCUUUAUAUUUAUAAUUUUCCUGAAUGGAUUUACGCGUGCUGCGAUGACCAUCUAUCUCCCUGUUUACACCAAGUAUGUGCUCGGCGUUAAGCCAUACGUAUUGCCUACAUCGUGGCCUAUGUGGCUAAGAAACGGACUGUGGAUCUUCAAUAGCUUUCCAUUUGCUACGAUCACUGUGUUUGAAAUUUCAUUGGAAAUGGGAAUUCUGUUUUACUUUGAUGUAGUCUCCAGGAAAAUAGGCCUACUCUGGCCCUUGCUUCUGGCUCAGGUAUCUCAGGCAAUCAGGUUCGCAUUGUAUCUUAUUCUUCCUUGUACAAAUCCCCAUGUUUUUGUCUUCUGUUGUAUAUUCGAGGUGCUUAAAGGAAUAAACUUUGGACUCUCGCAUGGAUCAGGAGUGCAGCUAGCUGAGAAAAUGUGUCCUCCUCAUCUGAAGGCAACGUCCCAGAUGAUAUACAACGGAACCUUUACAGCCAUAGGCUCAGUAGCGGCAAGCCUUUACUUCCGAUAUGUAUUCAAAAGUAAUGAAACAUCAGUCCCAGAAGAAAUCAUGAACAGAAGAGUAGAAUCGUUCAGAAUGUUUUUCAUAUCAAACAUCGUCGUCACCAGCGUUAGUAUCUUCUUGUUUCUUAUCAAAUAUGGACUCUGGAGUCGCAAACUGUUCAAUGUCUUUUCCUCGCCUAAGAAGAUCAAUCAGGAGAAUGUAAAAAAAGGCAAGUUGUCUGCUAAAGACACCAAUGAAUCUACUAUCAGAGAUUAA